AUGCCCGCCCAUCCGCCACGUCACUGGAAGGAGGUAGUCGCCGACAAGCUCAGCGCCGACAAUGCCAAAAUACCCGAGCAAUGGAGGCUUAGCGCCGACGUGAUUGCGGCCGCCAAAAAUCGGAGGCAGAUCGCUGGCGACUUCAUCGAAGACCUCUUAGACAGCGAAACUCUCCACAUCACCUCCGCUGACGGGCCUGAUCUUCUCGCCGCCAUGGCAAACGGCUCGCUCACCGCCGUUCAAGUUGUCACCGCGUACAGCAAGCGUGCCGCAUAUGCCCAUCAGCUCAGCAAUCUUCUUCUCGAGAUUGGAUUUGAUAACGCCCUAGUGCGCGCAAAGGAGCUGGACGAUUACUUCAAGACGAAUAAUAAGCUCAUCGGGCCCCUCCACGGCCUUCCCGUCACUCUCAAGGACCAGUUUCACAUCAAGGGCCUUGGGACGUCCAUGGGCUUUGUCGGCUGGAUCGACACGUUCGAGGGCAAGAAGGGCACGGGGAAUGAGAAGAUCUUUGAGAGCCAAGUCGUCCAGGAACUCUGGAGCCUCGGCGCAAUCCCCAUCGGCAAGGCUCCUGAGACCAACAAUAACAUCCUCGGAUAUACCUGGAACCCCUACAACCAGCGGCUCUCGAGCGGUGGCUCGUCGGGAGGGGAGGGCGUCAUGCAGGCGCUGAGAGGAAGCGCGUUUGGCCUCGGAACGGACGUCGGAGGCUCUGUCUCCAUGCCGGCAUCGUUCCAAGGCCUCUUCAGCCUCAAGCCCUCCAGUGGCCGCAUAUCAUUCAGAGGUGUGGCCAACACGGGACCAGGACAGCAGGUGAUGCCGACUACUGUAGGCAUCAUGGGCCGCUCUGUGGCCGUGCUGAAGCUGGUUUUCAAGUCGCUGUUGUCUACAGAGCCGUGGCUCCGUGACCCCAACACGCUGCCUACUCCCUGGAGAAUGGAGAAGGAGUAUGAUGCAGAAAGAGAGCCUGGUUACAAGCCCGCAUUUGGGUUCAUGCCCCACGAUGGCGUCGUUACCCCACAUCCCCCGAUUUCCCGUGCCCUAGGCAUUGUCAAGAAAGCGCUGGAGAAUUCGGGGUACCAGCUUUUCGACUGGGUGCCUCCAUCAAACAACGAAUCUGCGGAAAUCCAUGGCCCUAUUGCGCGAGGCGAUGGCUGCCCUGACGCCUACGAGGCUAUCCAGUUGUCGGGGGAGCCGAUUGUCCCCGAGAUCGCCAACAUGUUCCCAGGGGGCAAGUUGCGCCAGCCAAUGCCCCUUCCGGAGUACGAGCAGGUAGUUGUUCACAUGCACGACUACAGAAAUCGAUAUAACGAUUACUGGAUGGCAUCUGCUCAGAGAACGGGCACUGGCCGGCCAGUCGAGGCAGUCAUCUCGCCUGUAACGCCAUAUGCCGCUAUACUACCGGGAAAGUUCAAGUACUCCCAGUACACGAGCUCUCUCAACGUCCUCGACUUGCCCAGCGUUGUGAUCCCGGUGACCUUUGCGAACAAGGCGGUCGAUAAGGUCGGCCCUGAUUACACCCCGCUGACGGAAAAGGACAGGCUCAAUAUGGAUUUAUAUGACGCAGAAGCACACGACGGUGCCCCCGCUGCAGUGCAGCUAUUCGGACGCCGGUGGGAAGAGGAGAGAUUGCUCUCCAUGGCACAGCUAAUUGCUGAGGCUGUAGAGAGGUACACCCGGACAUACGGCGAGGAGCUGUGA